CCACAUCCAGGCAGAGUCAUAGGAGGAAGAAACCCCAGAAGGAUAAGUAAAGAUAAGAAGGCAGAAGAUCACCUGCUCAGAGAAAGUUCAGAGGAGGAAGGGAAGCCAAGGACAUGAGACUACUCAACAGAAGCCUCAGUCUGCAGGACAUGACGCUGAUGUAUCUUACCAUGCUGGCGACUUUAGUGGUGAUCUUAGUGGCGUCAUAUCAGGCGGGCAGCUCCUCUGGGGUAAAACUACCAUACCACAUUCCCCUGGACCCCAAAGGCGACCUGCAGCUGUCCUGGAACAUCAGCUAUGCCCUGCAGGAGCUCUACCUGGAGCUGCAGGUGAGGGACCUGCAUGAGGGUCUCAUUUUUGGCAUGUCCGACCGCGGGGAGCUCUUCAACGCUGACCUGGUCGUCCUUUGGAAUGAUGGACACAAAUCCUACUUUGGGGAUGCCUGGAGUGACAGCACUGGUCAUGUGACACUGGACAGCCAGCAGGACUACCAGUUAAUAGAGGCGAGACACACCCCUGAGGGAUUCUUCCUGCUUUUCAAGAGGCCCUUCAGCACUUGUGACCCCAGAGACUAUGUCAUAGAGGAGGGCACAGUCCAUCUGAUUUUUGGAUUACUGGACAAGCCACUGACCUCCCUCGAGCAACUCAACCUCUUCCUCAUCCACUCUGGAAUACAACGGGUCCUUCUCCUCCGGCCGGACAGCCCCUCCAUCUCACUGCCCAAUGACGUACGGACCCUGGAGGUCCUGGCCCCGUCAAUCACCAUCCCUGAACAGGAAACCACCUACUGGUGUCAUGUUUACCAGCUGCCUCGCGACAUUCCCAAGAACCACAUCGUUAUGUACGAGUCUGUGAUCACCCCUGGCAACGAGGCCAUCGUUCACCACAUGGAGGUGUUUGAGUGCGCCCCUCAGCUGGAGACCGUGCCCCAGUACAGCGGCGCCUGCGACUCCAAAAUGAAGCCCAGGAACCUGAAUUAUUGCCGCCACGUGCUAGCUGCUUGGGCCAUGGGGGCAGAGGCUUUCUACUAUCCCCCUGACGCUGGACUGCCUUUUGGGGGACCACAGUCCUCCAGAUUCCUUCGUCUGGAGGUGCACUAUCACAACCCACUCCUAAUCUCAGGUCGCCAGGAUUCUUCCGGGAUCCGUCUGUACUACACGCCCACUCUGAGGAAGUAUGACGCCGGGAUCAUGGAGCUGGGCCUGGUCUACACCCCAAUCAUGGCCAUCCCACCCAGAGAACCGCACUUCCAGCUGACAGGAUACUGCACAGCCAAGUGCACCCAGACGGCCCUGCCCCAAGGAGGGAUCUUCAUCUUUGCAUCCCAGCUGCACACUCACCUGGCAGGGCAGGGCGUGAGGACCGUGCUGGUGAGAGGGGGCCAGGAAGUGGAGAUUGUGCAGGAGGACAAACACUUCAGCACCCACUACCAGAUAAUCCGAACACUGAAGAAGAUGGUGAAUGUGUUACCUGGUGAUGUCCUCCUGACCAGAUGUACAUACAACACUGAUGACAGGAAAACAGUCACUGUGGGAGGAUUUGGUAUUGAGGAGGAAAUGUGUGUGAACUACGUCCACUACUACCCCCGAACUCAGCUGGAACUGUGCAAGAGCCAUGUGGACCCAGGGUACCUGCAGAAGUACUUCAACUUCAUUAACAGGUUUCAGGGAGGCGACCCCUGUGACUGUGGGCAGACCAGCGUGACCGAACAGUUUGCCUCCCUGACCUGGGACACCUUCAGCGCAGAGGUGCUGAACUCCCUCUACAACACCGCCCCCAUCUCCAUGCACUGCAACCAGUCCACAGCCCAGCUCUUUCCCGGGGACUGGGAGAGACAGGAGCUGCCCCAGGUCACUGCUCAUCUCCAGAGGCCCCCCUACCCCUGUGAGAGUGCUAGGAGUCCUGUGGCCCGUUCCGACUCGCCCACCGAGGUGCGGCCCAACAGCAGGGCCUGAGUUCCCGCACACAGGGCAUGAGUUCCCGCCUACAGGGCCAGAGUCCCCGCCCACAGAGCCAGAGUCCCCGCCCACAGAGCCAGAGUCCCCGCCCACAGGGCCAGAGUCCCCGCCCACAGGACCAGAGUCACCGCCCACAGCGCCAGAGUCCCCGCCCACAGCGCCAGAGUCCCCGCCCACAGAGCCAGAGUCCCCGCCCACAGAGCCAGAGUCCCUGCCCACACAGCUUCCAGCAGCGAACCUUUAACUCGUCUGGGCUCCUGGGUGAACCAAUCUCUGCAGAUUAAGUUCCCAGCUGAUGUCAAUGCCUCAGUCCUUCCCCACAACCCUACUCAUGCAACACACAUUUACAGAAGCCAUAAAUAACAAUGCAACAUUGUCCAAUCAAAAGCAUUUAUUUCCCACAAGCUGUAAAUAUGGCAAUUUAACAGUUAAGACUUUAAAUGGGGAGACGCUUAUGUCUCAUUGCAACGGAAAAGCUAAUUAAGCUUGCAUUGUCAUGCAUUGUAUGCUUUACAACAGUAAUUUAUACAAAAAGUCACCUGAUUUGCUUCCAAUAAUACCAAAUGCAGUUUUUAAACACAUUUCAAACUGGGGUUCCAAAUAUGUAGUAAAAUAUGGUUUACAACUAUGGAUUAAGACUCAAAUCUCACUCAAAUAUAACAAACUCAGAACCACUGGCAAUGGCAUAGGAAGCACACAGGCUCAACUUUGAUCUCCUCUUUCAAUGAAUAUGCCUUUGCAAUUUUAAACACAAUCACCCCAUUCCCAAUAGCAGUGAGCCAUGAUCUAAUUUAAUAGUAUUGAAUUGUAUUGUAUUGAAGAAUAGUAUUGAAUACCUCUGUACCAGAUGUCUCAUUAACAUUUUCUAAAUGUAAUAGAACUAAGUCACAAACAUCCAUCAUAAGCUCAAAUCUAGCCUUGAAUAAUAUUUUAACAUUGAAAGUAAAAAGUGUCGGAACACAACAAGCUGAGAAACCAUUCUGAUAAAUUAUAUAUUAGUAAUUUAUCUGUGAAAUUAUGUUUCUUUACGGAUUUGUACUAAUGUCUAUGGGCUCAUACUGACUUAUUUGUUAAGAGGAGAAGCAUUUAGAAACUGCUUUAUGUCCUCUUAGAUAAAACAGUGAUCUUGGCACUCAUAGUGGCAUAUCACCUUUAAAAUGGCUGGCCUCCAGCACAAACAUAUUGCAAACACUUUUGCAGUAACUAGAACUACUUCCUUUGCCCUCACGAGCUAGCAUGCACCAAAACAAACAGAUUAAUAUGAGGUCUGCUGCCUUCUGAACCAAUCCUGAUACA